CGUCAUCCUGAAUAAGCUCCAUUCGUACUGAAGGCAAGAUGGCGGCGUCCAUCUCCCAGCAGCUGGAGGAUUUGUUAAACCCUUUGCCCACUUUUAAAGACCCGGAGGACGAGCAGGAUGAAGCAACUGUUGCCAAAGUCAUUGACCGAUUUGAUGAGGGGGAAGAUGACUGGACAUUUAACAGUAAACUGCGGAAACAUGCUUCAGUUUUGCUGUCUGAUACAGACAAGAGGUAUGCUGGGCAGACAACCUCUCGAAAGGCAUUGCGGGAAGAAGCUGGAGAGAAUUCUUUGUCUGGCUGCUCAGAUGAAGAGGAAGAAACAGUUGAUGACUUGGAAAGCACUGAAAACGAUGAAGACAACGAGGAAGAGGAGACCAAUGUAGAGCCUUUGUGUAAUACAAUGAAAAGAUGUAAUUUUGACUUCCAAAAAAUCAAGGAUUUUGAGAAAUUCACAGAAGGCAUGGAUGAUAUUGGGGAAAGUGAUGAUAGCAGUGAAUUGGAAGAUGAAGAUGAAGAUGAGGAGGAGGAAGAUCAAGAUGAUGAUAGAAAUCAUGAAGAUAUGGAAAAAGGGAAUGUCACAGUAAUGAAGUUCUCCAAGGAAAAAGUGGCUGAAGAGGUGGAGAAGGGGCAAUCAGUAAAAAACCAAAUAGCAUUAUGGGAUCAAAUACUUGAAGGACGAAUCCGACUACAGAAAGCUCUUCUGACUGCCAAUCAGCUUCCACAGCCAGACUCCUUUCCUACUUUCAAAAAGGAAGGUGGACCAGAAUUUGCAACUGCAUUGAAGGACAGUUGCAAAGCACUGAAGGCACUCCUGAGGUCACUAGUUGAGCUUCAGGAUGAACUGCUUUUCCAGUAUCCGGGCACACAGCACUUUGUUGAUGGCAAGAAGCCAGAACCAGACAGUGAAGAGAUUCCCAGUGAUGAUGAAAUGGAGGAAGUGCAGAAGAGGAAAAGACCACAGAAAAGGAAACUUGAAAUGGAGGAGUACCCAGACUUCAUGGCUAAGCGGUUUGCUGCCUUCAAAACAUAUCGUAACAGUACAUUGCAGAAAUGGCAUGAUAAGACAAAAUUAGCAUCAGGCAAAAUGGGCAAGGGGUUCGGCGCUUUUGAGCGUUCAGUCUUGACGCAGAUUGAGCAGAUUAUGAUGGAUAAAGAGAGGCUGCUACGACGGACACAGACCAAAAGAUCCUUGUAUAAAAUUCUUGGAAAAGCAGAAGACGAUUCUCAGCCAAUUCCAGAAACUGUGCCUGGGGAGAUGGAGACUGUGAUACAAGGAAAGUCAAAUGCACAUCUGAAAGACAUAGAUGAAGAGAUUUUUGAUGAUGAUGACUUUUACCAUCAGCUCCUCAGAGAACUAAUCGAACGGAAGACUACUUCUCUGGAUCCAAAUGAUCAGAUUGCUAUGGGCCGACAAUGGCUUGCUAUUCAGAAACUACGGAGUAAGAUUAAGAAAAAAGUAGACACCAGAGCAAGCAAGGGCAGAAAAGUAAGAUACCACGUUCACAACAAAUUAGUGAGUUUCAUGGCACCUAUUGACCAUAGUACAAUGAACGAUGAUGCGAGGACAGAACUGUACAGAUCUCUGUUUGGAAAAAUCGAGCAAGUUGAGGACAAGCCGUGAGCAUUGCUGCUGGAUCUUUGGACACUGGUUAUAACUACGCCAGAAAAAAAAUGGACUUUUUGGUUUUUACCCAUUUUCUGCAGGACCGGAUUACACCGCCUUCCCAUUCAAAUUCUGUUCUGGGUAUAAAGAUUUUUGUAAAAUGUCAGGAGCUUUAUUCUGAGUUUGUGCUCCCAAUCCCCAACUCUAACUUGGAAAUUUUUAUUAUGUUGGACUUCUUGCUUUUUGGGGGAAAAAUGUUAUUGGAGCACGGGUUACAGUAGUUUGGAAACAUUUGUCCAACCGUCUGUGUUCUAUAUGGUGAAGAAAACAAUAUUUUCCCCCAAACUGAGAUGAUCCAUUUCCCACCCACCCCCCACCAAUAGAAGUUGUAUUGCCAUGAUGUAUUUAUUCUUUUUUUAUUAAAAUUGAAAUGUUUAUUGAGAGCA